AUACAUAUAAAUAUAUUAGUCAACGAUCCAAUGAUCAGUUCGCUUGAAAGUAUUACCGAAGUUACCAAACUUCGACGGACAGUUCUAGAUGUAGAGCUUGAGUUAGAAGCUAAGCGGGAGGAGUACAACCAACGCAUGGCUACCGUUCGUCAAGGCGAGGAACAGGUAGCCAAGGACCGUGAGGAACUACAAGACACCCUUGUAAAGUACUACAAAUUUAUCCAAGAAAAUGAACUUAAACGCAUUCGAGCAAACAAAAAGGUUAUUACAGAGGAAAAGCAGAGGAAGGAACGUGAGGAACAUAUGCGGCAUCUUGACCUGCACCUAAAGGAUCUAGAGGAGAAACGGUCAAAACUUCGACAAGAGUACGCUGAUUAUAGUAAAUAUCAAACGUUUUUAGAAGCUGUGCUUGCACGCAACGACGGCGAUGAGUAUCAAGAACCACGCGAUAUCAUGAAGCGUUGGAUGACUUUGCAAGAUAAUACAAAAGUUCUUCAGCUUCGAAAAACACAACUUGAAGAAGAUCUUCUACGGAGCAAAAAUACCCUCAACGUUGCUCGCCAAAAGCACAGCAGUGAGAGCGUGUCGCUGCAAAAUCAACUCAAUGAACUACAAAUGAAGUUCAAAAGCCUCCAUAAGAUGAUCAAAGUGAAGCAGGACGAUUUGGAGCGUAAAAUUAGACAGAAGAGCACUACUACACGCACCAUAACGCACGUGAGCAUGGCCGCGAAGAAUCUGUGUGAUCGCUGCUUGCUUUGGACACAACCGUACUCCGGUCGUGGCAAGGGCGAAUUCCACCACGACGGUGUCCUGCACCAACUGCACGUGAUCGGUGACUGUUUAGAAGAUUUUCAAUCAAUUAUUAUCAAGCACCUUCAAAAUGGGAUCGGCACAGGUGGAGCGACGUAAAAUAUCGUCGUCUUCUAUUCACUUUUCUACGCUUUUCUCAUGUGCGUGUAUGCAGAUGACGGUGAGUCAAAUAUCACCCUCUCUGGUAACCUGUGAUAUGUAAAGAAUUGACCACCCAAUGUCGGCAACAGAAUAGUAAAGGGAUAGUUCUGUGAAUAGAGAACUUGACCAUGAACAAAAUUAAUUGAGAAACGUGUAUUUUAUUAAAAAUCGAUAUGUUACAAUAGCAACUCAGUUCAAGAAAUGUGAACCAAUUGAAUGGAUACUAGCCGAAAAA